CAGACACAGACGCGCGUCCCUCUUCGGCCCCCUACCCUGCAGCAAGGGUAGUGUGACGUAAUGCAAUCUCAGCAUGUCAGCAGCUAUAUAAAGGAGGACGAGGCGGCGCGCCUCCCAGACGCAGAGUAGCUUGUGAUUGGUUCGGUCUGCGGAACCUCGGAAACCGAAUGUGAGGACCUUACGGAUCCUCAGCUGCCGCCCCCUUCCCACCCCUCCCCCCCGCAGAAAUCUCGAGCGCGGUCUGAGUCCAACUGGCAGAGGCGGCGGCGGCUGCAGGUAAAAAGAACAUUUUCCCAGAGAAAAUAACAUAGCUCAGAAAGAAAAUUAACAAAAUGAAAUUGCUACAGAUUUAAUUUACAAUAUUAAGAAAAUCUACAAUUUCCUCAAGACACUCAGAUUAAGGAAGCAGUCAUGUUUCAUGAGUCCUCAAAACUGUGAGACACGAGAAUGUAGUAGAGUGAGGCCAGAAGUCCUUACUGGCUCAAAGAACUCCAGGGAAACUGGGAUAAAACAAUUUACAUUAUAAGUAGAAUCCCAGGAGCCAGAGGUGAAACACAAGUUUAUCUGCAGAGCUUCGCUGCAGGGCUGAUCUGGGUCUGGAAGAAAUGGAUGAGAGCCACUGGAUGAAAUUCACUAAUACUAGACACCUGAGCCCUCUAGUAAUGUAUAAAUAUCCCAACUAUUGUCUGUUGUCAUCUUGUUCUUUUUCUUAUUUUUAUGACCUGCAUUUUAACUAAAACCUCAGAACUACAAUUUUUGUUUUUGUUUUUUUGCUUGUUUCUGUCACUUUUCCUAUGGCUCAUAAUUCUUAUUGUGUCUUAUUUUUCAUGUUCUUUGCUUUACUUCCAUUUGGCCUUUCUUUUAGUUAUAGUUGCCAUUUAAUGCAUCUAAUCAGGGUUUUUGUUUGUUUUCCUUUGAAACAAGAUUUGUGCACCUAGUUGAGAGGCAUAUCUUCAAUUGCUGUGUUUGUUUGUUUUUUUUUUUUUUCUCAAAACAACUUACUUUGGCCAAAAUGUAUUUAAAGUAUUUUUUAAAUCUUUUUUUUUUUUUUUUUUAACAGAGAUUUGUGAAUGAACUUUGUUAAGUAUGGAUUCAGGCGGUGGAAGUCUUGGAUUGCACACAUCAGACUCUAGAAUGGCCCAUACCAUGAUUAUGCAGGAUUUUGUGGCUGGAAUGGCUGGUACUGCGCAUAUCGAUGGAGACCAUAUUGUUGUUUCAGUUCCUGAGGCUGUAUUAGUUUCUGAUGUUGUCACAGAUGACGGGAUAGCUCUUGAUCAUGGCCUUGCAGCUGAAGUUGUCCAUGGACCUGAUAUAAUCACUGAGACUGAUGUAGUAACAGAAGGUGUGAUUGUUCCUGAAGCUGUACUUGAAGCUGAUGUUGCCAUUGAAGAAGAUUUAGAGGAAGAUGAUGGUGAUCACAUUUUGGCUUCUGAGCUAAUUACAGAAACCGUUAGAGUACCUGAACAGGUUUUUGUUGCUGAUCUUGUUACUGGUCCUGAUGGACACUUAGAACAUGUGGUCCAAGAUUGCAUUUCAGGAGUUGACUCUCCCACAAUGGUAUCAGAAGAGGUUCUUGUAACAAAUUCAGAUACAGAAACUGUUAUUCAAACAGCUGGUGGUGUUCCUGGUUCUACAGUUACAAUUAAAACUGAGGAAGACGAAGAUGAUGAUGAUGAUGAUGAUGAUGAUGUCGAUGUCAAGAGCACUUCUGAGGACUACUUAAUGAUAUCUUUGGAUGAUGUUGGGGAAAAAUUAGAUCACAUGGGGAACACACCAUUAAAAAUUGGCAGUGAUGGUUCACAAGAAGAUGUUAAAGAAGACGGAUUUGGUUCAGAAGUAAUAAAAGUAUAUAUAUUUAAAGCGGAGGCUGAAGAUGAUGUUGAAAUAGGGGGAACAGAAAUUGUCACCGAGAGUGAGUACACCAAUGGACAUUCUGUUACGGGAGUUCUUGACCAGAGCCGGAUACAACGGGAGAAGAUGGUUUAUAUGGCAGUUAAAGAUUCUUCUCAAGAAGAAGAUGAUAUCAGUUGCGCUGAAAUAGCAGAUGAAGUUUACAUGGAAGUCAUUGUAGGGGAAGAGGAAGGAACUUCUCUCCCUGAGACUCAGCUUGAGGACUCUGAUGUUAAUAAAACAGUUGUCCCUGUUGUCUGGGCUGCGGCAUAUGGAGAUGAAAGAAGAGUUUCCCGUAGGUAUGAAGAUUGUCAAGCAUCAGGAAAUACUUUGGAUUCUACACUAGAAGACAGAAGUAGCACAACAGCACAGUACCUUCAGAUUUGUGAAAGCAUUAAUACAAAUAAAGUACUUAAACAAAAAGCCAAGAAGAGGAGAAGAGGUGAAACUAGGCAAUGGCAAACAGCUGUUAUAAUAGGUCCUGAUGGACAGCCUCUGACAGUAUAUCCUUGCCAUAUUUGCACAAAAAAGUUUAAAUCCAGGGGAUUCUUGAAAAGACACAUGAAGAAUCAUCCUGACCAUUUGAUGAGAAAAAAAUAUCAGUGUACAGAUUGUGACUUUACAACUAACAAGAAAGUGAGUUUUCAUAACCAUUUAGAAAGCCAUAAGCUUAUAAACAAAGUUGACAAAACCCACGAAUUUACAGAAUACACACGAAGAUACAGAGAGGCUAGUCCAUUGAGUUCAAAUAAGCUUAUACUAAGAGACAAGGAGCCGAAGAUACACAAGUGCAAAUACUGUGAUUAUGAAACUGCAGAACAAGGACUUUUAAACAGACAUUUAUUGGCUGUUCACAGCAAGAAUUUUCCUCAUGUCUGUGUUGAGUGUGGGAAGGGCUUUCGACAUCCUUCUGAACUCAAAAAGCAUAUGAGAACCCAUACUGGUGAAAAGCCAUAUCAGUGUCAGUAUUGUAUCUUCAGGUGUGCAGAUCAAUCAAAUCUGAAAACUCAUAUUAAGUCUAAGCACGGUAACAAUUUGCCAUAUAAAUGUGAGCAUUGCCCCCAGGCAUUUGGUGAUGAGAGGGAGCUUCAGCGUCAUCUGGAUUUGUUUCAAGGACAUAAGACACACCAGUGUCCUCAUUGUGACCAUAAGAGCACCAAUUCAAGUGACCUUAAGCGGCAUAUCAUAUCUGUCCAUACUAAGGACUUUCCUCACAAGUGUGAGGUUUGUGAUAAAGGUUUCCAUCGUCCUUCUGAGCUCAAAAAGCAUAGUGAUAUCCAUAAGGGUAGAAAGAUUCAUCAGUGUAGACACUGUGACUUUAAAACAUCAGACCCAUUUAUUCUUAGUGGUCAUAUCCUUUCAGUUCAUACUAAGGAUCAGACAUUGAAGUGUAAAAGAUGCAAGAGAGGGUUCAGACAACAAAAUGAGCUCAAAAAGCAUAUGAAGACCCACACUGGAAGGAAGAUUUACCAAUGUGAGUAUUGUGAAUAUAGCACUACAGAUGCAUCUGGCUUUAAACGACAUGUGAUAUCAAUACAUACAAAAGACUACCCACACAGGUGUGAAUUCUGCAAGAAGGGGUUCCGAAGACCAUCAGAAAAAAAUCAGCAUAUUAUGAGGCACCACAAAGAGGCUCUUCUGUAAUAAGAUCAAAAUAAAGAAGCUAUUUUGAAAAUUUGAUAUUUUGAUAUCAAAUUUGAUAGUUGGGAGGAAAAUUGCACAAACUAUUUCAUCUGGUUACAAAGCUUGAUAUUCAAUCAAAACUUUACACUAUUUGUAUUAAAGAUCUUAAGAUAUUUGAAUUGACAGGGGUUAUCAUAGCUGUUUGAAAAUACUUAAAAAUUUUAAGAAGCACCAUAGAAUGGUUGUGGAAAACAUGUCUAUUUAAUAGUAUUAUAUGCAUAAUUAAACUAGAGAAAGAAAAGGCAAAGAUAACUACUUUAUUGGCUGAUCAUGUUAGGGACAAAUGUUUUUGAAAAGAGCAUACAUAAUUGAGGGGUUUAUCAGUGCUUUGCUAUGGCAAGCAAGGCUCACUUUUAUGCAAUUUUAGAAACAGAGAAUGAGGAGAUUAAAAAGCAGACAUUUACCAGUCAUUGAGCCUUUUGUAUGGUACCUGGAAAUUGAAUUCCAGAAAUGGCAAAAAUAUUGUGUAUUCAUUAAAAAAAAUUUCACUGGAAAACAGGUUAGACUAAUUCAGUGAUAUUAAAAAAAUUCAGAGCUGCUAAGAUUUUAUCACAGGAUAGGAUGUUUAAAAUAGUGCAUUCUGUGCUAAAGUCUAAGGUGAAGUCUGUGGAUUAAAGUUCCCUUUUUUUCUGAUGUUCAAGUUGAUUGUUCACUAUGGCAUAUAUGACAAAACAGAUAUUUUGAUUCAAAUAUGGCUUUCUAAAAUGGAUGCAACAGGACUGUUGCAAACUAAUUUAGCACUAUAUUUCUUAAUGAUCUAAAAUUUAAAUUGAGAGAACACAGUUUUCUUAAAUAUUAUAAUGUUUAGAGAGGAUUUUUUUUUUAGGACAGUCUUAGCAAGUAUGACUGUUCUGAUCUUGUUCUAAUGUUUAAAGGUGCAAUUUUAUGCCAUUAUUGAAAUUUUUGAUUUUAAAAAUCUAUAUACCAUUUUACUAACAUGCAUUUUUCAGUAUGAGGCAGUAUGUAUUCAGUAUUAAUGGAACAAUUAUGCUGCCAAUAGACUUUGGAGGUGGACAUUCAGUUUACAGUGUAUAAAUUUAAAAUAUGCAUCCCUUUAAACAACGCUUUGUGUUAGCAUGCUGCAUAUCAAAAUGGCGCUUAAUAUAAAAAGCAGGUUAGGGAAAUUUAUUGAAAAUCUUGUUCUUAAAUGUAAUGCAUAUGAUGUGUACUUUUAAGUUUUAGUUGCUUCAUGUUUACACUCAGCUGUUCAACAUAAUUAAAAUGUAAUUUUACUUCAUGCUAUAUCGUGGCUUUGUGUUUCAAAUAAUGUUCACCUUUCUGUUUUUGCACCAGAUAAGAAUCAGUUUCUGGAGAAUAAAUUUUUUAUCUUUCUUAACUUCAGAGUAUUAAAUUUGGAAUAUCUAAAAUUGUGUGUUAUGUGGCUGUAAAUGAUGUACACACUGCAAAAUAAAAUUGUCACUGUUAUGUGGGAUUAUUAUUUCUAAAUGUUACUCAUUGAAAUGAGCAUAUAAUAAAAAGCAUUUAUUGCAUUU